UCUUGAACGAACCUCACGAUGUUCGAGAGACUCACAAACUGGUGGGGAGGGUCACCAGCGCCGAUUCCGGUGCUCGAGCCCAAAUUCGACCCAACAGACCCUAAGAUGAACCCGCUCAAUCCGAAGGGUCUCAAGCCAUGUUGUGCUUGCCCUGAGACGAAGUCUCUUCGGGAUGAUUGCUUCUUGCGCUAUGAAGCCACUGAAGCGGACGAGAAAUGUCAAGAGGUCGUCCAGAAACACAUUGCCUGCAUGCGCAGUUAUGGGUUCAAAAUUUAGAGAUGUCGUGUCUACACGUCGCCCAUUUAGUGUCAAGACAGUGAACUUGGGCAACAUCGACUCUGGACUUUUUCAACCCUGUACCUAACUUCCAUGCGCAUCUGUAGUGUAUUAUGUUUCUCUAAUCCGAAUUGUAAGACAUUAUAGAUUUAACACAGUAUCAUUAACCACCUCUCUUGUGUAUUGAACAGCCAUUGAAAGACU